UUCUUGUAGAGAUUUCUUUAAAAGUAAAUUCUUGCUCCUUAAAUAUUUUAAUCGCAAAUCAACAUUGCCAAAAAGAUAAAAUCAAAUUAGGAAUAAAAUUUUAUUUUUGACUCCAUUGUGAAGUGAAAAAAAAUCCAAUAAUGUCUGCUGAAGAGCACGAUCCUAAAGAUGCUGAAGAGGGUACCGUAGAGGAGAAUUAUGAUCCCCAUGAGCACCGUGAAGUAGGACGUGGAAUCUCAAAUGUGGCAGCUUUUGUGCACAUCCUGAAGGGAACGAUUGGAACGGGGAUUUUAGCAAUGCCAAACGCAAUUAAAAAUUCAGGAUACAUCAUGGGUCCCAUAGUGAUCAUCCCCAUAUCUGUUCUUGUGGUCGCUUGUGUUCACAUGAUAAUGGAUGCUCGCUACAACAUUUGCAAGAAGCAUCGAACCCCCAAUAUGACCUAUUCGGAAUCUAUAAGAAAUUGCCUCAAGGAAGGACCACCGUUCGCUAAAUCUGUGUCCGGAGCAAGUGGUCAUGUGGCUAAUGUUAUCUUCUUUUUUGCCCAAAUGGGAACAUGUGUGGCCUAUGUGGCAUUUAUAGCUGAGAGUCUCAAGAAAAUUUUGGAUCAUGAGGAAAUUUAUAUUGAUGUGCGAAUCUACAUGUUCAUCAUUGGCUUUCCACUGACUCUGAUAAAUCUAAUCCGAGACCUCAAACGUCUGGCUCCCUUUUCUAUGAUUGCGAAUGCCUUUAUCAUAGCUGGUAUUGCUUUCAUCCUCUUCUACGUCUUCAGGGAUGGAUUAUCUGGUGAAGACCGGGAAAUGGUGAGCAAACCCGCAGGAUGGCCUCUCUAUUUGGGCACAGUAUUCUUUGCAUUUCAAUCUCUUGGUGUUGUCAUUCCGGUGGAGUACAAAAUGAAGGAACCAAAGAAAUUUUCUGGUCUAUGUGGCAUAAUGAAUACAGCCUUCAUACUAAUUGCUUCACUGUACACAUUUUUCGGAAUUUGUGGAUACAUCAAAUACGGUUCAGCCAGUAAAGGGAGCAUCACUCUUAAUCUACCUCAAGAUGAAAUGUUUGCAACGGUCAUUUCCGUUUUGUACGUACUCUCAAUUUUCCUAUCACAUCCCCUACAGGCAAAUUUCCCCCUUGAAAUUGCAAUAAAUUACGCCAAGGAUCACAUUUCGGAGGAAUCACCAAAAUUCCGGACAGUAGAGUGCAUCAUUCGAAUUGCCUUUGUAUGGCUCUCAGUUGUAUUUGCAAUUGCAAUUCCAAAUCUUGGACUUAUUAUUUCAAUAUCGGGUGCAUUUAGUACCUCAUUGACUGCCUUCAUUAUUCCAGCAAUAAUGGAAAUGUGCCUCAAAUACGGAGAAUAUGGUUUCAAGUGCAAUUACUAUCUGUUUCGGGAUAUUUUUGUAAUAAUCAUUGGAUUCAUUGCUCUAGCCCUUGGACUCUAUGUGGCAAUUCGUGAUAUUUAAAUUCACUCACAUGAAUAAAAAUUUUAAUUUAUUUUGUAAAAUAUUUAUUUAAAAAUUCCGAGGAAAUUUCAUGGAAAAAAUAAACAUUAUAUUGAUUGAAAAAUUGAAA